CGGGACACUAUUAUCCAAUCCCCUGGACUUGUCCUCUGACUGCAGAAAAUUUCAGGUCACUUUUGCUUUGCUGAAAUCACAACAGCCUCAAACAAAAACUUUCUAUUACUGGCAAGGUGUUCUUUAUCGGCAAAUGAUCUAGAGUGCCUUGAGGAACUUUGCCAAGUGAGGUGUGAGAGAACCAGAUGUGAUAUUGGACAAAGUGUUACGUUUUAUGGGUCACGGCGGACAACAAGGCAGAAGGAGGAGUUUGGUGCUCAAAAUUCCAGGCCCAAGGGACUAAGUAGCUGAAGGCACCAUUGUCAAUGGUGGAGUGAAGGAGAAAUGCACAAAAUUGAUGCUGAUGUUACAAGAGUGGCAAGAUCUGGACUGUUGUGGGCCUGAGGAGUUUACUUGGGUGACGAAAGCGGAUUCAAGCCUAAGAAAGUUCUUCAUACUGAUUAAAACAUUCGGCAGGACGGAACUGAAAGUGAACACGGGACACUAUUAUCCAAUCCCCUGGACUUGUCCUCUGACUGCAGAAAAUUUCAGGUCACUUUUGCUUUGCUGAAAUCACAACAGCCUCAAACAAAAACUUUCUAUUACUGGCAAGGUGUUCUUUAUCGCGUCGGUGUGAUCAAGAUGGAUAGUCCUGGAUGGAAAGGCAGGUUCCAGAUUGCGUGUGCUCUUACUAUUAUUUUCAUCACACUGACAUGUCCAGUUACACAAGGAGCUAAAAUAUUGGUCGUACCUGUGGAUGGAAGUCAUUGGGUUAACAUGAAAAUUCUAGUAGAAGAACUGAAACUUCGUGGACACAAUAUCACAAUGCUUUACUACUCUGGAUCUUGGUAUAUGAAGGAAAAUCCUGAUAUCUAUCAAUCCAUUGUUGUUCAUCUUGAAGAAAAAAAGAGCAAACUUGUGAGGAGUGAAAUGAUUGAAAAACUUGUGGAGCUGUCAUUGGAGAGCUCAGAGAAUGGUUGGAACCUAUGGGACCAUGCUAAGUUCCAAAACGUAAUGAUGAAUUUUUUAUAUCACUGUCAUCAAUUCAUUCAAGAUUUUACUAUUGCAAUUUUUGAAAACAAAACACUGUUAGAACAAAUUGAAAGUGCGAAUUUUAACUUAGUACUUACAGAUUCUGCCUUGGGUACAGGACCAUUGCUUGCUCAUUAUCUAAAAGUUCCACAGGUGUAUGAUGUUCGAUUGCAGAUAAAUGGGGAAGCCCAUUUCCUCUCUGCCCCAUCACCGCCUUCCUAUGUCCCUAUUGCAGGCUCACAAUUGACAGAUAAUAUGAAUCUUCUCCAAAGAACAGGAAACUUCAUGCAACAUCUUCUUCAGCUAGUGUUUACAGAAUUGUUUGUAUACCCAAUUUAUAAUGAAAUCUGUCAUCGUUAUCUGGGAACAGAAGCAGAUAUCCAAACAAUUCUCUUGAGUGCUGAUGUGUUGCUGGUGAGAGUAGAUUUUGUAUUUGAAUUCCCGAGACCCACUAUGCCCAAUAUUGUCUACAUUGGAGGCUUCCAGUGUAAACCAGCCGAAACACUAGUAACAGAGUUUGAAGCGUUUGUUCAAAGCACAGGAGAACAUGGACUUAUUGUGAUGUCAUUAGGAUCUCUUGUAGGUUCUUUGCCAAAGCAAAUUACAAUGGAAAUAGCUGAGGCAUUUGCUCAAGUACCCCAGAAGGUGAUUUGGAGAUAUGAUGGAGAAAUCCCUCCCAAUGUAGGUAAUAAUACAUUCCUGACAAAAUGGAUCCCUCAGAAUGACCUUCUGGGACACCCCAACACACGAGUCUUCAUUUCUCAUGGUGGUAUCAACGGCAUUUACGAGGCCAUCUACCAUGGGGUGCCAGUGAUUGGCAUGCCUCUAAUUUUUGAUCAGUUUGACAAUUUACUUCGACUUGAAUCCCGAGGUGCAGCAAAGGUGCUUAAUGUUGCAACCAUACACUCCACAAAUCUAUUACAGGCACUUCAUGAGGUGAUAAAUGGCACAUUUUACCGGGACAACAUGAAGAAACUCUCUGCCCUCCACCGGGACCAACCAGAGUCCCCAAUGGAGCGAGCCGUUUUCUGGAUUGAGUAUGUUGCCCGACACAAAGGAGCAGGCCAUUUGCGUUCUGAAUCCUACCGACUGCCCUGGUAUGCUUACUAUUGUGUGGAUGUGAUGGUCUUACUGUUGUCCAUGUUAUUCAUGGUCGCAAUGCUGGUGGUUGUAGCACUGAAGAAACUUUGUCACAUUGCCUGGAGAAAAAUAAAGCAAAAGUAUGAGUAAGGUUUCUCUAUUUUAUGUUUCUAAAAGGGUAAUUUGAAUUCUUUUAACAUCAUUAAAUAAGGUCUUCUUGAAUUCAAUACAUGAAGCCUCCUUUGUGAUGUGCCGAAUGCUUACUCUUGAAAUCCUCCACCCAUCACUUACAUUAAGUUUGUAUCUAUACUCCACUGUAAUGCCAAGAUUCCAUUGAAAGCAGGACUAGGCAAUGUAAAUUGCCCUACAUUUUAAAUGUUGUAUUUACUCCAGCAUAUGAUGCCCCAAAGUGUGUCUGAAGGAGCUUCUGUUUUGUUUGUUUGACAGCUAAUCUAUUUUUAUUGCUGAAUUACUUUGUGCUUGUGUGCAAUCACUAAAAAAUUAGCAAUUAUAUACAUCCAGUAGCCAUUUUAUUAAUGAUUUCCAAUAGCUAAUAAAGUGGCCACUGGGUGUAUGUUCAUGGUCAUCUGCUGCAGCAGUCCAUCCUCUUCACGGUUCGAUAUGUUAUACAUUCAGAGAUGCCCUUCCGCAUGCCACUGUUGUAAAAUAAGGCUAUUUGAGUUUCUGUCUCUCUCAUGUCAGCUUGAACCAGUGUGGCCAUUCUCCACAAACCUGUCUCAUUAACAAGUCAUUUUCAUCAGCUGACUGUUUUUCUUUGAUGUUUUUCACAUCAUUAUUUAUAAACUGUAGAGACUGUUGUGUGUGAUAAUCCCAGGAGAUGAACACCGUGUGAGCUACUCAAACCAUCCCAUCUGACACCAACAAUCAUUCCGCGGUUUAUUCAGAGAUACCGGCCACGUGACAGACGCACUGCCACCUGGCUGAUCGGAGGACACACCACAUGCCAAUCAACAUUUGACCCCUCCCAACUAAUCAAUGCACAGCUAAAUUAUUGGUCCCCUUAAUUGGAUUAUCUCGCCCCGCCCCAUGCUUUAAAAGGUGAGACUUGUGCCUGGCUCGGUCUCCCUUACAGACAACCUCAUUGAAUGUAAGUGCAUUGAUUUAUGUUUGGGAAGGUCUAUCAUUUGUCCUGGUAAGGGAGCUGCAUCUAUCCAAGGUCAGGGGGACAGCUGUCGUAGUGCUUUUCCCUUGUUCUUUGUAUGUGUAACCGUACCUUGUCCCCACACCGCUUCCUGUGUAUUGUAGUUGCUUGUAUUGACCCGACUUCCCCUUGUAAAUAAAUUCCUUAUUAUUAAAACUGUGUGUGUCCAGGCCUCUACUGUUGAGACUCAAAGAACCAGUUAUUUUCCAUCACAACACGCAGGUGGAGUUAUUUAGAUGAUACUUCUUCCCCAUUCUGAUGAUUGGUCUG